ACAAUGAGGAUUAUUGAAUGGAAAAUAUGGCUGAUACUACCGGCGAUUUCCUGUGCUUACGUACUCGGACAAGACAUGGUGAACGUGAGAGGGUGUCCUUCAAGCAUCAAUGUCGGCACAGAUAAGGGCAAGAACCAGGCCAGUGUGGAAUGGCCGGAGCCGGAGUUCAUAGAUACCGAAGAACAGCGGGUCAUACCGCUCAGAUCCCAUGCACCCGGGGACACGUUCUUUGUUGGUGAAACAACAGUGCGAUACACAGCAUACUACAUGGGCACCAAGGCUUCAUGUGCUUUCAAUAUCGUUGUACAAGACAGGGAGGUACCUCAUUUUGUAACAUGCCCCACAAGCGUGGUCACCACAACUGACCCAGGAGAGGCGUUUGCUUCCGGAGUCACAUGGAAGAGACCCUCUGCAACAGACAACAUCCGAUUGGUCGAAUUCGGCUCGAAUCCACCAAUAGGAUCACGGUUCUUAAUGGGCGUGACCAAGGUGAUGUACUGGGCUAUCGAUCCAAGCGGUAACAGAGGAGAGUGCAGAUUCAACGUUAUCGUCGAAGACAGGGAAAAUCCAACCCUCCAUCAGUGCCCAUCUAACAUGGUUGUCAAUGCCAAUCCGAAGGAGACACUUCGGAGCAUCAGCUGGACCGAACCAGUGGCUCGGGACAACGCGGACGUCGCUCGGGUAACUUCGACACAUCGGAAUGGGUCACUGUUCCCACUUGGCACUACGCAUGUCAGAUAUACAGCCGAAGAUUACUCGGGAAACACAGGCACGUGUUCAUUUUUCGUCACACUGAGGGUAAGAGUGCCGGACGCGCAGAUCUUCAUCCGUAACUACACUACCACAUCAAUCCACAUAGCCUGGCCCGAGACGACGGACCAGCAGGCAUCAAGUUACCUCAUCUACGUCUGGCCGUCAGAGGGAAGGGAGCCCUCUGCGUCGGACCACCUAUACCAUGGUAUCAACAGGGCUGAGAGCUUCGCUUCAAGGCGUCUGGGUCCAUUGAUGGUAGGGAUGGACUACGACAUCAAAGUGGUGGUGACGGGAGCCAAGCAGGUGAUGAGGACCAAACAGAGAACCAGGCCUGCCCCUCCCCACAAUGUCUCCAUUAUACCAGGUACCAUUACACCUGUCGCCUUCACUUUGCUGUGGAAGCCGGGUAACGGUUCAUUCGAGAGCCAUGAAAUCACGGUUCGCCGGUUAUCUGAUAGGAGCGUUGUCUUCACGAAAUCUGUUGAGAAGAGUGUGAACUCACUUCACGUAACCGGUCUGGAACCGUACACCAGUUACAAGAUAUCGAUUCGGACCGUCAGCGGUUAUUCGACUGACGUAACAGAGAGCGAGGAAAUAAAUAUUAUGGUUAAAACAGGUGAGAAAAUAGUGUAUACCUUAAUUUGA